GCUCGAUUCUUUCAGGGGUGGUGGAAGUGCUCCGGCAGUCACGUGACUAGAUUUGGUCUACUUCACGUGUUGUAGAGAAUAACGGGGAAACUGAUGUUUAGUAUUUCCCUGCAACAAAUAAAACGUACGUACCGCUGUAUCUUUUUUAGUUUUUUGAAAUAUCACCUGAGUGUUAACUCAUUUGACAACAAGUCAUAUUCGUUGUCAUGUCUAACUGCAGGCAUGAGUGGCAGCUCGUGUUCUAACGACUGUAGACCACUGAAAACCGGAGCUCACGUGGGUCACUUGAAGGCAGCACACGUCAGUCGUUUCUGCCUUCUACUCGUUCUUCACAGUCUGGAAGACAAACUGCACCACCAUUCAUUCUCACUGGGGACCAGACUUGUAUUGUAGCCUAAACAAGCCAUAUCAGGGCCAAAUCACAAUCAAAGGACAACAUUCGUUUGGAGUUUGGCAAGCCGCUGUUUUAACAUGCAGAUCUGAAGUUGAAGUUUUUCUCGCUCCAGCAAGAGAUUUUCUUUCUGCAGUUCCAACACAUCGGCCUGCAGGCUUUCUGAAGACCUCGUACAGCUCAUCCAGCUCUCUCUCCGCGUCCCACGGCGUGGCGUGGACCGGGAUCAGCACUACGUUCUUCAGCACUGCAAACGUAAACAGCCCUGCAUCCAGGGAUUGACUGAAACUACGCAAGUAAAGGGAGGGUGAGAGGCGCCUUUUUCCGAGGGGAGGCACAGUCUCAGACUUUGAAAACCUCUCGUCUACAGUGUUUUUUAAAUGUAUUAUCACUGAUGGUUUUGGUUGAUGACUUCUUGGAUCACAAUUCUGACUUUUCUCGGAACGCCCAAAUGCAGCAAACCCGAAGCUGCAAAGCCAGUCUGAAUUCCAGCGUAACAACAGAAAACAAUGCAACUUCUGUUGCGGUGGUAGGUGGGAGAACAGGCAGCAUGCGUCUGACUGGUUCACCCACAUUGGGGGAGCCGCAUAACUUCCCUAUCGCACCACACCCAACCCUGCCUAUAAAGCAGAACCCAAGAGAUAAGACGAUGCACACACAGAGCUCAACCACCACCCCCGGCCCUCUUCGUCCUCCAUCCCAGCAGUGAGAGAAGAAACCUCCACACAGCACGACCAUGAGUUUGAGGAGCAAGCGAAGCAGCCGCCAGGGACUACGCACGUCUCCAGGGGGCUUCAGCAGCGUGUCCAUGGGGUCCUACUCCAUCCCCAAUAUUAGCAUCGGGGCCAACCAUGGGGCCCCCAUUACAGCCGUGAGCGUCAACAAGAGCCUGCUCACCCCGGUUAACAUAGACAUCGACCCCAACGUCCAAGCUGUUCGCACCCAGGAGAAAGAGCAGAUCAAGGGGCUGAACAACCGUUUCGUCUCAUUCAUUGAUAAGGUAAGAUUCCUGGAGCAGCAGAACCAAAUGCUGGAGACCAAGUGGAAGCUGCUGCAGGGACAGACCACCGCCUCCUCCAACGUUGAACCCAUGCUCAAGUCCUACAUCGCCAACCUGCACAACAAGCUGGAGUUCAUCAACAACGACAAACACAGACUGGACAUGGAGAACAGUGUCGUGCACAGAAAUGUGGACGACUACAAGACAAAGUACGAGAUUGAGAUCAACAAGAGGAUUGAAGGAGAGAACGAGUUCGUCAUGAUGAAAAAGGAUGUGGACGCCGGCUACAUGUCCAAGGUGGACCUGGAAGACCAGGUGUCUUUAAUCAGUGAUGAAGUCAUCUUCUUCAAGACUCUGUAUAACGAGGAGCUGCAUGAGCUGCAGGAGAGCCUGAAGGAGACUUCUGUGGUGGUGCAGAUGGACAACUCCCGCGGCCUUAACAUGGAUCAGGUGGUGUCCGAGGUCAAGGCUCAGUAUGAGGACAUCGCUGCUCGCAGCCGAGAAGAAGCUGAAAGCUGGCACAAGAGCAAGUUUGACCAGAUGAGUGCUGAGGCAGACCAGUAUGGCAAUGAGAUGCGCAGCACCAAGGGGCAGAUAUCUGAAUUCAACCGAAUAAUUGCCCGCCUGCAGAAUGAAAUCCAGGCUGUAAAUGCACAGCGCACCAACCUCGAGGGCCAGAUAGCCGACGCGGAGCAGCGCGGGGAGGGGGCCGUGCAGGACGCCAAGGCUCGCAUCAGGGACCUGGAGCUGGCUCUGCAGAGAGCCAAGCAGAACAUGGCUCUGCAGCUCAAAGAGUACCAGGAGCUCAUGAAUCUCAAGAUGGCCCUGGACAUCGAGAUCUCCACCUACAGGAAGCUGCUGGAGGGAGAGGAAGAAAGACUUGGACAGCACUCUAUUGUCAACAUCCAAACAGUUGCCUCCAAGUCGACCCAAGUAAACAACCACCAGUCGGGCGGGCAACAUGCAGUUCUCAUCAAGACAGUGGAGACCAAUGGCAGAACAUACUAAGGCAGAAAACAACACUGCAGCACAUUAGCCAGCUGGCUCACUGUAACAAUGUAACUGUAACCCUAACAUGAACCUCUUUGUGACCUACAAUGAGCCAACUGCACCAAUGAGCCACAUGUGUGUAUUUUUUGUUUAUUUUUCUCCUCCUAUUGGAUAUCACAUUCAUUACUGUGUUUACAAUAAAGACGUUUCCAGCUGCAUGA